GAGAGGAUCCAUGCUGGCCAGGGCUGGGCCGGCAACAAGCGUGAUCGGCAACGCCGCGCCUGGGCAAAGCAUGAAGGCACUGGGCUUUUCAACUUUUGGAGACGCCACAAGCGCAGACCGUCGGACGGCAAGGAGGCGAGGGCCAAGCUGAUGUCCGACCCUUCAGUUGAGAACUUCCUCCGCCUGGCUGAUGAACCAGAGCCUGGAUUCUGGUAUCUUCCAGCAGCCACGAGCGCACCGAAGCCGGCAGCCGCCAGGGUUCGUCCACCUGCACUGCGGCCAAUAUGCCAGGCCCCGUCGGUGGAGAACCUGCUCCGCUUGCGUGAGGCCGACGAAGUCGGAACCCCACGCAGUCCUGGAGAAGUGGAUGUACAAUGUUUGAAGCAUCUGGAGCUCUGCUCAUGGUUUUCAAUCUUGUCCGCAGGGAAGAGGGUGAUUUGCAAAGACGUUCGCCUCAUUGGCCGCGGCAACAUAGAGCAGUGGAUCCUCUCCUAUUUCUUCGAUGGAGCCGAUUCUGCUGCGGAGCUCUCCGAUCCUGAAGUCGUGGAACUAGACGAGCUGGUCCAGGCAGUCGCAUCUUGGGCCGCUCUCCCUUUGAGCGACAUGCCCAAUUGGCCCGGAAAGAACGAAGGCCUAAAAUGCUUCCGCCUGAGGAAUGAUCCAUUCCCAGCAGUGCAUCGUCCACUGCUGGCAUAUGUGAACACUGCCCUGGUGGCACCGGCGCUGGGUCACCAGGCACUGAGCCUCUUGGGCUUCCACCCCUACCGGUCAGGAAGCACGGAGUACUGGCUGCGACCUGCGUGCUGCGUGCAGAAGGAUUUGGCGAGCACGGGCGUCGGCCGGCCGCGUCUGCUGGAGUGUGGCAAGGCUCUGGUCUUCUGCCACGGAGUUGGAGUGGGACCUGCAAUGUGCCUCACCUUCUUGCAGAGGCUCACGAAGACCUUGGGCCAGGACCAUCCAAUCUUCCUGGUCGACACCGCAGGCAUCUCCAUGAGGUUUUCGGACGACGUCCCAGGGGCCCACGAGGUAGCUGCGAACAUCCGGAACAUGCUCCAGGUCUGGGGCCUGCAGGAGGCUCACUUCAUAGGGCACUCCUUUGGGGCCUUCGUGGUGGCCUGGGUCCUGCGCUAUGCGCACAGCUGCGUGGCAAGGACCACGCUCAUCGACCCCGUUUGCUUCUUGCUGCUCAAGGUGCUCGUUCAAGGCCACGAGCUUCAGCAGGUUCGACAUGACACCGGCAUGGACCCGAUGGAGAUUGUGCUGAAAUACUUCGUUAUGACAGAGCUGUUCAUUUGCAACUUUGUAUGCCGCUGCUUCUUCUGGGAAGAGUCGCAUCUGGACAUGCAGGACUUGGAAGGCACUGCAGCCCUCAUCGUGCUCGAGUCUGAAGAUCUUGUUGUCCCGACCUACUCCGUGCGAAGCCUCGUCUAUGCAGAGCAGCGGCGCAGGGCCAAGUUGACGGAGUCGGCGCGACCUCAGGCCCAGUUAGAGCUGCACUGGAUCGAGGACCAACCGCAUGCAGGCUUUCUGCUGGAUGCAGUGGCCAAUGAGGAAGUAUGUGAGCAGCUCCAGGCAUUCCACGAAUCGUGA